UGGAAACUGCGAUUUCUGGAAGGAGAGAUUGAUUUUGGUCGACGUGGAAACAAUGUGCACCAUCAUCAUGAAUAUUAUAUCCAGCUCAAAUGAAAUGAGCCAAUGUCGGAUACACUACCUGUCUGACAGAACAUACACGAUCCGCUAACCUGGAUCACCUACCGCGCUAAUCCCUCUGAUCCUUUCUGGCGCAGAUAAUCUGUACGCAAAUACGAGACUCGUCUUUAACAGACAGAUUUUACGAGCAUCCUUGACGUCGUUUAAAGACCUCAUCUUGUUCCGUACACCUGCCGGAUCUGGAGAACGUGGGAAUUACGCAGCAAGGGAAUAGCUUAUUUCUUAAUAAGUAUAAAAAUAACAUAGCGAGGAAUUAAUUGUUACAUAAGGAAAUAAUUGCUAAUUUUAUGAUUAAACGAUAAUAAACUAUCCUUUGUAGUGCGUUUAAUUCCCAUCUUUCGAUAUAAUUAAUUAAUGAGUGAUUUAUUCAAUUCGAGAGACAUAAAUUAAUGACAGCAACGACGAUCGUUUCUAAAUUGAGAACAACUAUUUGUCUCGGUCUGUGACACUUUUAAUCGAGUAAUCUUCUUAUUUUAACGACUUCUUCGCGCCCUUGGUAUGUCUUUGCGACAAACAAAAUGGCGCACAGGGCAAGAAAAGUAGACGUCUCGCGAUGCGAAGCACGUGGUUGGUGUUGCGACAGUAAAUGUCGUGUCGCGUUUCAACGAACAUGACAGCGACACAGCAAAGUGCAAUUUUCUCGCGAGUCGACGAUGACGAAGUGGUUCCGCUGUGCGGGAUCGCAUCUCGUCGCCCAAUCAUGCGCGAUUCGCGCGCGUUCGUGCGCACUGAAUCGUCCCGUCCUCUCGCAUUCGUGUAAUUUCUAGUCAACAUAUCGAACCGUACAGAACAAGUAGCGAGAUAUCAGCGUUCGAAAUUUUAACAGACCGAUCUUCCACUUUUCAUAACGAUUCAACGAUGUAACAUUCAAGGAUUACACAGAAAGAACACGAUAUGUCAUAUUUUUCACUUUUUUAUAGCGAGUUUUAUUCGUUAACCGCGUGGUUUCUUAACCGGAAACUUGCACAUGUAAUUACAGAAUGAAAAAUUUUCUAAGAAAGAUUAAUUCCCGUGGAAUAUAUUGGAUAUAUCAAAGAACAAGAAUAAUAUUUGCCUUUGGUUCAAAAUGUAAAUGUGACGGAGUGAUUGAUGACGGUGAAAAUGAAAGUAAUAGAGGCGAAUGCUUGUUAACCGAGAACAUCCUGUCAGCUAAGUAAUUGUAGUUAAAACUGGUCGACGCUUUCGAGUGUAAAAGAUACUCUGGGAAAGUCUCAAUGUUCAAUUACGGAUGAACAUCGCGCGUUUAUGUAAACCGAAGCGUCGUGUAUCCUCUCUUUUAUGUACUUAAGCUUUUACUACAAAUAUACACUACGAUUUUCGAAUAGAAAUCUUGUCCCUUGUAGAAGAAUCUUUCUGUCGCCUUCGCGAAUAUAAUAUUCGCGAUUAUGUCGAUGAUCAAGUGUAUACGAUGUAUUAGAGAAAUCAAUGCGAAUGCAAAAUCGUAACAAAGUGCACGCGAUUUACAUGAGAAAGCUUUAAAUGAAAUCGCGAAAAUCAGUGUGGCUACAGCGCAGGAUGAAAAUAAUUCGCUGCUGAGUUCAUUCGAAAUCAUGUGAAACGAAAUCAUGGGUGUGUAUCGAUCGAUCAGUUUAGCUGAUUCGGCUAUAAUAAAAUGGAUUACGAUGCAAGUAAUAACAGCUGUCAAAGCAGAUUAGCUACAACGAAAGCUAUCGAAUAAUCCCUUACGACACGAUAGCAAUCAUUCGACGUUCCUUUUAUAAUGUAGCCUCGCUUUCGAAGCCUGUUACCCUCGCAUUUAUCGAAUCGAAGCUUAAACGUACUCGUCGAAAUUACCUUCUCUGUAUUUAAGGAUUUCCAUUUCCAUAUCGAUUCGACGAGAUGCAAAUGAAGGCGUGCACCGUGUCGUAUCGGCUGCGAUCGCUAUCAAAACAAUCAAUUCAUUAAUUAAAUUUCGUCUUGUCACCGCUUGACAAUGUGUUUGUAUAGAUGGCAUAAAUCUCAAUAACAAAUAUAAAGCCACGGGGAUUUGCGUGCUCGAAAUACAUUAAGGGAGAGCUGUAGUCCUCGAAUAAUAAACGCUGUAUGAAGUGUCACUUUCUUUUGUACGUCCAAUUCCUGCAGCUCUUCGUACUAAUAAUAUUAAUAUGCAUUCUUUAUUUUCUUCUUGCAUAAAGGUAUUUUUCUUAUACUUUAAGAAUUUCUUCUUAUAUGGAGAUAUUUCCCUUGUGUUUUAGGAGACGAGUUUGUACCAGAUCAGUUCCCAACUCUGUCAAUCAUCAUCAUCGAAAUGGACAAAUUAGGUAUAUUAAUGUUAUUAAUGUUAAGACCGAUUCAUCUUCCGUUUUCUUGUGCUGUCCUGGAUGGACACAGGCGACUCGCUUGAGUUUUGGAUGUAAUAAACCUACUUGCCCUUCCCCAUGCUUAAACGGAGGUGUGUGUACCUCUCCUGGCAGGUGCACGUGUCCCAAAGGAUUUACCGGCAACCAGUGCCAGACAGACAUCGACGAGUGCGUGACAGAGAAGCCCUGCGAUCAACUUUGCAGAAACCUACCCGGAACCUACGAGUGCCACUGCAGACCCGGUUUCCAACUACAAAAAGACGGCCAGUCCUGUCGAAAGAAUAUCACCGAAGAUACGGCGUUCGAGGCUCGAGACUUGGAGAAUGAUUUCCACGAAACAACAACGACGAAGCGUCCGGCGAUCUCGUCGCAUGAUACGGAAAACGAGGUGACUGACGAUGACCUCGAUCAGGACUAUGAGAUUAUACUGAAAAGGCUUACCAAGCUCGAAAAGCAAUUCGCAAAAGGGAAGAAGAGAGAUACAGAAACGACGGACAUGACUGUCAAAGUUGCGUCUGUGGUUGAAACUAUUAACGAAAUGAAGAGAUCUAUCGAAAAUGUGCAACUCAUGCAGCAGGAGAUAUAUCAAAUGAAGAGCAAAUUGAGAGAAUACGAAUUAGAGAGAAGGAAGAUGCAACAUUUAACAAGUAGAGUGAUGGAACUGGAAAAUCGUUUAAGAUUACGUUGCAGAUCAGCGAUACCAAUGAACAGUGGCUCGAUGAAGUUUUAACGUCGCUAUAGCGAAAGAAAAGUGUCAAAAACAUUGGACAUUGCCCAUAGAUGUAAUAUUUAUGUGAGAAAAUUGCAUACUAUCACUGCCAUCUCUUUAGCUUUUAUGAUAUUUUAUUUAGUAUAGUAGAAUUUAGAAUAUAGUAGAAUCCUAACUUAAAUAAUCGUUAUGAUUAUUUGUAUUCAGCUUUAUAAUAAAAUGGAAAAGAAACUUGAAUGAUGUUUGCUGAU